AUGGAAGUGGAUCCACCAAAUACCGCACUAUCUCCGACCACUGUGGUACACCCAAGUCAUAUUCCGAAACUGAUAAAACGUAACGCUAUUGAAGAUAAGGAAAAAAUCACAGUCGCAGAUGGACAAGAAUAUCUUAAGAGACAAAGGGAAGAUGACUGGAUAGAAAAUCGUGUAGCAAGGAACCGCGUCGAAAGAAGACAAGCUGGAAAAAUAAUCAAGAAACAUAAACGCGAGCUAGAAAAGAAGCAGGAGAAGCUCCGCGAUGAAAUGGAAGAAUUACAUCUGGACAAAAUUUAA